AUGGAUCUUUCAACAAUCCAGGAAGUAAGGAUAUCGAACAUUCUCAGGACGACAUGCAAGCUUAUGGAAAGACUCUUUCUUAUGUAUAGGUGUGGGAAAAUAGGCAAAGAAGAUUACAUUCAGAAGCUGGAAAAGCUAAAGGAGGUGGUGGGGUCGAGCAUCGAUGAAAUGGAAAGAAAUGCAAGAACGAUAUCGUCUAGGAAAGGGCCUGUAAACGUUCUCGAUGUAUUUGUUAUGGAGCAUUUUGAACAUAUUGGAUGUUUUGGUGCUGCAGAAUUGCUGGGCAAGAAGCUCUCCAUCGAAAACUACUCUGACAGUGACUUCUACAAGCGUGUCUAUGGCAUCAGGAACCAGAUCAAAGCAGGGUCGUUUGAAGAUGCUCUGUUGUUUUGCAAAGAGCAUAAGGUAGAGCUUAAGAGUAUGAAAUCCGAAGAGGGGGUUUCGCUCGAAAAUGACCUGAAGAUCGAAAAGUUCAUAGAAAUGUGCCAUGCACAAGAGUUUGAUAAGGCCUUGGAGUUUAUCAAUAAAGAGUUCAAGAGGGUUCCGGAGCAGAUAAAAUCAUAUCUCCCCGUUCUCGUCUCGAACUCUAGCUUCAGAAAGUAUCCUUCUUCAGGGCACUCGAAGACGGCAGAGCAGUUCUUAAGUUGUGCACUGAAGCUGUUCAGGAGGGGGAUUAAGUCAAGACUGACACAAAGAAUCGAGUAUGGAAUGAUGGCAUACAAGACGUAUAGAUGCAUCAAUGCAGAAAGUAGCAACUGCCCUGCAUGCUGUAGGGCAUUCAAGUUAAGAGAAGACGUUCCAUUCAACAAACAUGAGAUAAGUAUCCUGCUCUGUAGAGGAAGUGGGGAGGAGAUGGACGACUCCAACCAACCGCACAUCUUUGAGGAUGGAUUUAUCUACGGGACUAAGUACAUUGAAUCAUCAGAGUAUGUUUGUAUUGGCUCAAGGGGCGGAGACAACUCUUUAAGGUAUCCAAGGUUGUGUUUCAUUCUGUAA